AGGUUUCAGUCCUAUACUGCACAUUUUAUGUGUUGUUUGAUUCACACGGAAUUUAGCAGUGUUUUUGAUUUGUUUAAAAUUAUUAUUGAUUAAGUAUGGAUCAAAUAAAAUCGUUGGUAAAAGAUGUAUUAUACAAGAUUCAGGACAUACCAGACGUACCGUUUACGACUGUCAGAAUGUCAGAUAUUCCAAGAUCACCAGGAUUAACGCCAGUUAAAAAGCACUCUUUGACCCAUAAAGCUCAAGUUGGUGAAAACAAUAAUGACUCAUCAGUAUUAGAACAUAAUCUAUCAGUUGAUAAAGUUUCAGUUAAAUUGGAACGUACUGUAGAAAAUAUGGCUUCUCUACCGGAAUUUAACGAAGAAAUGCAUUGUACAGAAUUGAGUACAUUAAAUAAGGAAUAUAAUAAUGGUGAAACUUUAAAUCAACAUCAAGAACAAAAACGAUCUCCACCGCUAACAUUCGUAACAGUAGAUGAAGUGCCGGUUCAGGUACUGUCUGAACUGGAACAGCUCAAUGCUUGGAAAUCCAGUGACUCAAUUAAAAGUGCCUCGAGUAACAGGCCUGUACAGCCGAAAAUGGGAAGGACAGCCCUCUUAAGAAGCCGGAGCAUUUCUACCGCCACAGAUGACUACUGCGAUGUUGUGAGAGAGCUGGUAAAUGUGGAAGAGAAGCACGGACAAAAAUUAAAAAUUAUUAAAGACAAAAUUAAAGAAAGGAAACAGUUCGGCUGGUCCGAGAGUAACAAUGACGACAUAAGUUCAACUUACUCCACAGGGAGUUCGAAAAUGAACAAUGAAGGAUCUUUUGACGAUAAUCUUGAUUUCCAAGAUGACCACACAACUGCAGAAUUAAACUCCACGUAUACGUCUUACGAACCUUGUGAUACUUCUGGGGUAUCAACUAUUCCUGAAUUUGAUCCUGUCAAUUUUGUAAGGAACGCAAUUGGAAAUGUCACAAUUGAUUCAGAAUACAGUGAUUCCCUAUUAACCGACCAAUUCCUAACUUAUUCUCAAAGUAUGAGCCAAAUCAGACGUCCCUCAUUCCUGUCUAGUAUCAAAAGUGGGAUAAGGAAAACUUGGUCAUUUAGUAGCAACGUACACCAAAUGACAAAGCGAAACAGGCAAAGAUGUCAUUCUCUUUCGCCACGAGUAACUGAUUCUUUAGAAAGUUUAGAAAAUCAGCUUCACGUACACAGUGUACAAGUUUGUCAAGCAUCAAAAGCAGUCGACUUUUGUCGAAACCACUUAAACGAGGUUACAGUACCCCGUUACGCUGAAGCAGAAAAAGUUUUGUUAGUGGCUUCUUGCUACAAAGAUAUUCUAAGUAAAACUUUACAUAAAAACAACGAGUAUGACGAUACAAAUCUUCAGUGUUGCACAGUGUGUGGAAUUAUUGAAAUAUCAAACUUGAUGUUUCAUCAGAAGAAUAAACACCAUAUAGACAACAAAUUUGAUGUUUAUUAUGUGGUGAUCAUUAGUUGUGGAGUAGCAGUUUUGUCCAGUGACGUAUUGAUCAAUAAGUCCGAUGACGACGACAAAAAUGAGAACGAAUUAAAAAUCGCUAAAACAUUUGUUUUAAAUAAUUUGAAUAACGAUUUUGAAAUUUCAAUAGCAGUUUAUUCUUUGCAAGUAGAGAAAUAUGAUGCGAUUGAACUAAAGAAAAAACAAAAUAAAAAGGAACGUAAAUCCACGUGUCCCUCAACUAAAAGCAUUUUCCUUAGUAAAUUUUACAAACCCAAAAAGAAAACAUUAUCGAUGGGUGAUGUUUCAACCAUGCGCACGAGUUUGUUUAAACGCGAGGGAAUAUGUAACAUAAGAUUAUCCGAUUUGGGUAAAGAUAAGUUUAAAUUAAACAAAGAAUCACGUACAAGCUCAUUAAGGAGUGAAUUUGGACUUGCGUUUAAAACAAAUGUUGAGGUGACUGGUAUAAAAAAAGGGAUUUUGUCAAUUGGAGAAGCAUUGAAAUGGAACACAAGAUACUGCGUCCUCGAUGGUUACUUAUUAAAAUACUGGAAUUAUCCAGAAGAAGAAUAUACCAGAGAACCAUUAGGUAUAAUAGAUUUAUCGAAUGCGGCGGGUAGGAUUACUUUGGCUGAUCGUUCGUUGUGUUCGAGACCGCGGUGUUUGAGUUUACAGUUGUGUUAUAAUGAGGGUGCCAUUUUGCAAUAUUAUUUUUGUUUCGACAGUUUAGAGGAGAAGAACGAAUGGAUGCAAGAUAUGAAUUUUGUUAUAGGCACUCUAGAGGAUUGGAAUUGCUUAAAUAAAAAACAAUUUCUGAUUACAUCUCUUUAGAUUUAUAGGGGUGGCUUUGGUUGGUUUUUGUUACUAAAUUUAUAAGAAACACAAUGGCCAGUGGCCAUAAACUUAAAUACUUGACGAUCUUUUUGAGAAACACACACUGCCAGUCUUAAUACCUUAUUAACACUAUUAUAAUAUAAGACUAUGUUAUAUUCGAUAAAAGAUACAUUUUUCAAUUAAAACAUUUCUGAUUUCAUUUAUAGUUUAAUAAAUAAGAGCAAAAUGAAAAAUAUACAUCUAGACACCAA